CAAUAGAGCUGCAAUUCUCCAUUGCAGUAAUUCGCAAGCCUAAAUCCACUUCUACUACGAGUAUUUUGUUUCUUCUCAAAAUUACCCUCCCAAUUCCCAUUUUUACGAAAUGUUCUUCAUUCAUUCUGCAUUAUCAACCUUCAUUUUAAAUGCCUUUUCCGUUUCUCUCUUUUACCGCGAUCAAACUAAGAAAUUUACCGCCCCAUUGAGUCGGAGUAUAUCAUAAUUUAAGUGCCUUUUGGAAAAUUGAGCUAGCUCCAGAUCGGAUGCGCUCUUUGAUCGAACCCGCAGAGAUCUCUCUGUAAUCCUCUCCAUCGGAGUCCCCGUGGCUCUGAUUGUUGCUCAAUUAUCUUCGAGGAUUCGAUCUUUCUCCCGUGGAAAAAUCGGAAAUUGGACGAGUUGGAAGCGAGGAUUAAACGUUUCAUUUCAAUUCCGCUUUUUUUUAUUUACUUUCCUUGUAGUUACCUGGUAACUGAAGUUGGAUAAAUGUCAUAUCAAGUGGAAGAAAUGGAUUAUGCGCCUGCUGACUAUGAAAUGGGAGAAGUAGAAGAAGAUAUGUAUUUUGCUGGUCGAAUAAUGGGAGGGGACACAGAAUCUGAGGAUGAGGAUGAACAUGAUAAUUUGGACAAUAAGAUCACUGAUACAUCGGCUGCUGAGGCUCGGAGAGGGAAGGAUAUCCAAGGAAUUCCAUGGGAGAGGCUAAGCAUAACUAGGGAGAAGUAUAGACAGACUAGACUAGAACAGUACAAGAAUUAUGAGAAUGUACUCCACUCCGGUGAGGAAUCAGAAAAGGAAUGCAAAGUAACUAGGAAAGGUGGAGCAUAUUAUGAAUUCUGGCAGAACACCAGAUCAGUAAAAUCAACCAUUCUUCAUUUUCAGUUGAGGAACCUCGUUUGGUCAACGUCAAAGCAUGAUGUUUACCUCAUGUCGCAUUACUCAAUAAUUCAUUGGUCUUCAUUAAGUUCCAAAAAGACUGAAGUUCUUAAUGUCUCUGGGCAUGUGGCUCCAUCAGAGAAACACCCUGGAAGCCUACUAGAAGGAUUUACUCAAACUCAAGUAAGUACUCUGGCUGUCUGUGACAAUUUGUUGAUUGCUGGGGGAUUCCAGGGUGAGCUCAUUUGCAAGUAUCUAGAUAGACCUGGUGUUAGCUUUUGCACAAGGACAACUUAUGAUGAUAAUGCUAUCACAAAUGCAAUUGAGAUCUAUGAUGGUCCAAGUGGCGCUGUUCAUUUCACAGCAUCAAAUAAUGAUUGUGGAGUGCGGGAUUUUGAUUUGGAAAAAUUUCAGCUUGUUAGACAUUUCUCUUACCCGUUUCCUGUAAAUCACACUUCUCUAAGUCCGGAUAACAAGAUUAUUGCUAUUGUUGGCGACAAUCCUGUCGGGAUGCUCGUUGAUUCACAAACUGGGAAGACCAUCGGGUCUCUUCGUGGGCAUUUGGACUUCUCCUUUGCCUCUGCUUGGCAUCCAAAUGGCUACAUGUUUGCUACGGGGAACCAGGACAAAACAUGCCGAGUCUGGGAUGCUCGAAACCUAUCAAAGUCAGUUGCUGUACUGAAAGGAAAUCUGGGGGCCAUUCGAUCCAUCCGAUUCACAUCCGAUGGCCAGUUCAUGGCCAUGGCCGAACCAGCUGACUUUGUUCACGUGUAUGAUGUGCAAAAUGGUUUUGAGAAAGAGCAAGAGAUUGACUUUUUUGGUGAGAUAUCUGGAGUUUCUUUCAGCCCUGAUACUGAAUCCCUAUUCAUUGGGGUAUGGGAUCGCACCUACGGUAGCCUUCUUCAAUACAACCGGUGUAGAAACCAUUCAUAUCUCGACUCCUUAAUGUGAAUAUCUUGGAUUUCUUCGUCGAUUGUUGAGGAGAAACAAUGUAGCAUCUCUCUGGCCACCUGGAAGAGGUCUGGUCUGAAGAUGGGUCAGUGUGUGCUGUAUCUUGGACCAACUGUUGUGUCAUCAAAUAACACCAACCGGUGACGGAGCAGUAUAUAUAAGGUGCCUUGAAUGUUUUAUGAUGCUGCCUCAAGUUGAAUCAAGGCUAGUCCUGUCUGGAAAUGUCAUUUGGUGAUGUGUAUAUGAAAAAUUCAAUUUGUACCAUUUAACUUUUUUUUUUGGGAGUAAAGAAUGCUGACUGUCUGCGAUUA